AUUAAAUCGAAAUUCUGCCGAUUCAUUUCCGAUUGACUUUCAAAUGUCGAAAAUUUGGGUCGAAUUGGAAAAUGAGCGGCCAUUUUGAUGACGUGUCAAGGCUGUAAGGAUAUGUGUACCUUAUGACACUAUCGACAGGAAAUGAUUUUAAAAUUUCGCAAGGCUAUUAAUUGAAUUCAAAUCAAAAGUUGGCGGGGUUUUCCGUACGUGUGAAAUGACCAGCCAAACGCUCGGCUGUCGAUCGAUAUGAUCUUUUCAUUGUUGUUGUUGCGUAUAAAUAGGGACAAGUGGACGAACGAGUUCAUCAAAUCGCAUCAGUCCGUCUGAGAUCGGUCCUCUGUCGUGUAUUAGAUCCGCACGGUUAAGUUUUCUGUGUAUUUAUUUAGCGCCGACGCCAUGAAGAAUAAGCAGCAGUCCAUCAUCUUGGCAGCACUGAUCCUAUCGAUCGCCAUCUGCUGGCUUCCCUCCGUAGCCAACGGAAUGCCGAUUCUAUCGGGUGAAGUGGACGGCCGUGAUGGUCAUCGAUCUGACGCCAGUGGCGAUCGAUUAAGACGUCAAAUGGAUUACUCGGAAGACGAAACGGUCGUUGUCGAUGCUCCGGCGGAUGCCUACGUCGGCAGUUACGACGAACAGCAACCAGCUGAUGGCAAUUUAACUUUGAGAUUCGGAUACGGCGGAUACCAGCAGCCUGGCCCGCAGCAGUACAAUCCAUACGGAUGGAAUUCCUAUGGGGGCGGACAGCAGCCGUAUCCCGGCUAUCAACCACCUCAGCCCGUCCCGAAUUAUUACAAUAAUUACCCCGGAGGCUAUCCUGCCGCUCCUUACGGCCCGUACAACUACAAUUACCCGCCGGACUACAGCAACACUAGCAACAGCACCACGACUAUGAAUCCGUUUUACAAUAAUUACGGUUACAAUUAUUAUUACCCGAUGAUGAACACGACGACGACUACAACGACAACGACGACGACGGCCAGACCGACUACCACCACAACGAGACCUUAUGGCAAUUAUUACGUCUUCAAUUUCCGAGAUGGAUCCAAUCAAACGGACAUUGACGACGGCGCUUAUAACGGUGGCGCUGCAGGACAAGACGACGGAUUCCAAUUCGGCAACCGAUAAAACCGAGUGAACGACGCUUCUCAUAUUUACAUGGAAAAUCCCACUUUUCUCGAGAUCAGCAAAUUCCAACAACUUUUUAAAUUUUCUAAGUAUUCUUGAUAAUAUUUUUAAAAAUUUGUUUUCUAUAGAUAUCUGUAGCUUGACAGUAAAAGCAAAUGCAUUGACAAAUAAUACAAUAUAAUUUAACAAUUAA